UAAAGACGCAUAGGGGAGAAAGUUUGUGCUUGAGUCUUGAGCAAGAACAAGGCAAGAUGGCUGAGGGUAAGCUUGGUACUAACCUUGGGGGCAACAUAGGCGCUGGAGCUGGCAUCCUGGCUAAACGUUUUCAGAAAUCAAUGAACAGGGCUCAAGAGAAGGUUCUGCAGAAACUUGGGAAAACCAUGGAGACGAAAGAUGAACAGUUUGAGCUGUGUGCAGCUGAUCUGAACAAGCAACAGAUGGAUGGUAACAGGCUAUACAAGGAUGUAAAGGCCUACCACAGUGCAGUCAAAGCAAUGCAUGAGUCAUCUAAACGCUUGUCUCAGACUCUGAAAGAUGUCUAUGAGUCUGAUUGGCAGGGUGUGGAAGACCUGUCUGCCAUUAUGGAGAGUGAGGACCUGUUGUGGAAUGAUUAUGAAGAGAAGUUAAGUGACCAGAUCAUUCGCACAAUGGAGAACUAUAUCGGCCAGUUCCCAGAUGUCAAAGAGCGAGUGGCUAAGCGUGGACGCAAGCUUGUCGAUUACGACUCAGCACGCCACCAUUUGGAGGCACUGCAAAAUGCUAAGAAGAAGGAUGAAGCCAAAGUAGUUAAAGCAGAGGAGGAGUUCAACAAAUCACAAAGUGUGUUUGAAGAGAUUAAUAAGGAACUACGGGAGGAGCUGCCUGUCCUCUAUCAAAGUCGCAUUGGAUGCUAUGUGACAGUGUUUCAGAACAUCUCAAACCUGCGGGAUAUCUUUUACAAAGAAAUGAGUGUGUUAAAUCACGACAUAUAUAAUGUAAUGAUGAAACUUGAGACCCAGCACUCCACCAAAACAUUUAUCAUCAAGGGCCUCAACAGCACUAAGUCCAAGAAAAGGAAAUCUCUUACUAUAUCUGCACCAAUUCCCUGUAAUACUGCCUUUCCUGCUGGUCAUCCAGCUCUGAGCAAAUUCAGCAUUCCUGAUGAACUCUCAGACCCCACAGACUCCCACUCCCACCCUCCUCCAGCAAAGACUGAACACUCAAUGACCGAAAUGUCAGAUUCAGAUGACCUUAGCUCCACUGACAGUGGCCCCAGCACAACCAAUACACAGUUAAUGUUCUCAGAGGGGGAGGGCAUUAAGCAUGAAUCAGCCAGUGAGAACACAAAAGAAACAGCUGCAAACGAAUCGGUGCAAUCAAACAAUAAGGAUCACCCAGGAAGCUCAGCUAUGGGUGAACAAGAUGAAGAGGAGCAGAGUGAGAGUGCCUCACCAUGCGAGUAUGGGGACACAGAUGCAUCAGCAUCAGAGGACACACAGAUGUCCCACUUGUCUGAAUGUGGUGGUGUUGAGUCUGAACCUCCUCUGAAUGAGAGCGGCCAAGCAGAUCCAGAGCCUGAUACUUGUUUGUUAGAAUCUGCCAGCUCUCUGAACAAAAGUGGGAAAGAGGUGCGAGGGGCAGGAAACGGGGAGACAGAUGAGAGUGGAAGAGAAAAUGGUAAAACAAAAGAGUUAAAGAAAGAAAAACAGGUGGUCACAAGCCAAAACAAUGAAGCUUCAAGCCCUCCUGGCUUUCUCUACAAGGCUGUUGCUUUGGAGCACCAAGAGUCAGAUGAAGGUGUUCUUCUGCUCUUCACUAAAGGAGAUGUGCUCCUCAUAUUUGUUGACAAUGAAGAGGAAACGCCAGAGGGCUCUGUGUGGGGAGUGAGGGAGCAGGACUGGAUCCAGUAUAAAGACCUAACACUUCUUUCUGGCAUUGUCGAUGAAACCAUGAUCCAACGCAUCGACUCUGACUAGGCCAAAACAACAACAAUGAAGGUCACUUUUUACUGCUUCUUGACUCAACCCAUAAUUUGGCAGCAUGGAGAAAUGGUGCUCUAGCUCACUGUGCACUGGCCCUUGUGACCAAAGACAAUGUGAAUUUAAUUUGGAAUGUGUUCUGGGAUCCCCCUUCAUACGGCCUCGUUUCAGUGGUCAAGUUCACUUGUUCAUCCAGCUUUUUUUUCUGGAUUCCACAGGACCCUCAUGUUAAUUAUAUGGCUUGCGUCAUGAACGUUACUUUCACUGGAGUCUUUGAGUGGUCAAUACUAAAAUAGAAACUGAAUUUGUUUAAAUAAAAGAAAAAUAAGGAAAAAAAGAGGGGAGGAAAAAAAAGCUUUUUUGUCUUCACAGUAAUUGCCACAAAUCAUUUACACUGACAAUGUCAAUGAUUCCAUUUACUCUUUUUAAAGUAUAUACAUAUAUUUAAUAUAUAGACAUAUUUCUAAAGCAAUUUUCUUGUUCACUGAUGAGUAUAUGUAAAUGUAAGAGCUGGAGCUCUAUCCCACUCGCUUCAAAUAUACUUCAGUCAUUCAUUCACUCAGUAUUUAAGCGUGUAUAUGAUUAUACAUACUAUUCCACAUGUGCUCCAUGUGAUAUCCUGGAAACAUUUCCUGAUCUGUAAUAUCUAUUGAAGUAAAUGAAAUAUAUAAGUUGUAUGUUUUAAAAUGUGUAAUGCUUGUUUUGUGUUAAAUAAAGAUUAAGAGAAAACUAG